AUGGUUAAGACAAUCUUCGGAGGAGCUGCGCUUUCAGACUCUAGCCACUUCAAGACACCAGAACUGCGCGCCGAACUCGUCGAUGUCCUGAUCGCCAAUGGUAUUAAGAACAUUGACUCUGCUCGUAUUUACACCGGGUCAGAGGUUGCCAUUGGCCAGCUAGAGAAGCGCAAAGACUUUGUCAUCGACACCAAGCUUGCGGGAGGCUUUGGACAACCUGGCAAUGUCUCAAAGGAAGGUGUGAUCAAGGACACCCAGGAAUCUCUCGAGACCGCCAAGAUCGAUCAAUUCGAUAUCUUCUACAUCCAUGCACCAGACACGACUGUUCCCUUUGAGGAGACCCUGGCGGGUGUGAACGAGGCAUACAAGAAGGGCAUUUUCCGCCGUUUCGGUCUCAGCAACUUUUCAGCCGAGCAAGUACAGGAGGUAUACGACAUCGCGAAGGCGAAGGGCUACCCUCUGCCACAAGUAUACCAGGGCAACUAUAACCCUGUUGCCCGCCACUUGGAGACCCAGCUCUUCCCUACCCUCCGCAAGCUCGGCAUCCAUUUCUAUGCCUACUCGCCACUUGCUGGUGGUUUCCUCGUAAAGACUGCCUCAGACCUUGAUGCAGGCGCGGGACGCUUCAACGACAAAGCCCUAGGUAAUCUGUACGGAAAGCUUUACGAUAACGAGACUAUGCGCAAGGCGCUUGUCAAGUGGAACGAGAUCGCUGAGAAGGAGGGUGUUACUAAGGCGGAGCUAGCAUACCGCUGGGUCGCCUACCACAGCGUGCUUCAGGGCGAUGAGGAUGGUGUCAUCUUCGGUGCUAGCAAGGUUAGCCAGGCUGAACAGACUGCCAAGAGCUUGAAGGCAGGUAAGCUUAGCGACGAGGCGGUCAAGGGCAUUGAGCAGAUCUGGGAGAGCGUCAAGGAAGUUGCUCCUGUUGAUAACUACCACAGUGGAGUCAAGAAGCAGUAG